CACCGGGGCGGUUCAUACUGGGCUGGGCGUGGGCUCCAGCAGACUUGUCUUCAUCCUCUCCCUCUUCGAAGCACAUUGUUCGCUAUGACUUAACCUCGCGUACAACAUUGAACGAAUGCUGUAAAAAUUGGCCUGAAAAGUAUCAGUUCUGGAAUAAUAACAUAUUUCUGUUGUCAGACAUUCGUUGAGGAAACGGGCCACCAUUGUAUUUCUAUUCUUGGAACACUCAGAAGCUACUGAGUUGAAACAUUGUUUCCAGUAGACCAAGUCACGCUCCUGAUUAUUGGGUAGAGCUCUGCUUCAGUGUGUGUGUGUGGGGAGCAGUGAGGAUGACGGAGUACAAGUUGGUGGUGGUGGGGGCUGGAGGUGUGGGGAAGAGUGCACUCACCAUCCAGCUCAUCCAGAACCACUUUGUGGAUGAAUACGACCCCACCAUAGAGGACUCAUACAGGAAGCAGGUGGUGAUUGACGGGGAGACAUGUCUGCUGGACAUCCUGGACACUGCAGGUCAGGAGGAGUACAGCGCCAUGAGGGACCAGUACAUGAGGACAGGGGAGGGCUUCCUCUGUGUCUUCGCCAUCAACAACACCAAGUCCUUCGAGGACAUCCACCAGUACAGGGAACAGAUCAAGCGUGUGAAAGACUCUGAUGACGUGCCCAUGGUCCUGGUGGGUAAUAAAUGUGACCUCCCAUCGCGUACCGUGGACACGCGGCAAGCACAGGAACUGGCCCGCAGCUACGGAAUUCCCUACAUCGAGACCUCUGCCAAGACACGACAGGGGGUAGAGGACGCCUUCUACACAUUAGUGAGAGAGAUCAGGCAGCACAAGCUGAGGAAGCUCAACCCUCCGGACGAGAGUGGACAGGACUGCAUGAGCUGCCGCUGUGUGGUGUCGUGAUGGAGGUUACCAGUUCGGGGUGAGGAGUGGACCUAGUGGCAGAAUGGACUUAAAGAAUGAUGGUGGAGGAUGAAACAACAACAAACUGAAGAGUACAGUCUAAGAAAAGCAGAUGCACCACCAGGCUGACUGUACCAUAGACAUUGGGGAGAGGGGGAUCUUGCCCCUGCCAUGCCAUGCUAGACUAGGCUGUCUGUCCCCUCUUUGAGUCCAUGUCUGCCAGAGCAACACCACUAAUGACUGUUUCUCACCAGUGUGAUCAUGCUGGGCAGCUCCAAUGAGUUCCUGCUAAGUUAUUGUUUUACAGUCUCAACACUGGUCUUAAAGGGAGGUGUCACCAAUCCCUGGUGAGUCCCCUUCACCAACACCUCAAAACCCUGAUUUUUACAUUUGACCCCCCUGAAAAGACUGGACAGUAGUAGCCUAAAUCCCCAUCCCUAAUUUAACCUCCCCCAGCCUCCUUGUUCCUCUCUAGAGGGGCUCUGCAGUAACCUCAUUAUUACGGAUACAAGUAUGGGGACGGAGCAUGACAAAAGACACGCCAGAUAUGAUUAUUUUUUAUUUUUUUUACUGUUAGUCUAGCUGUCAAACCUAACUUUCUUUUUUUCUGAAAACACUUUUUGAAAGUGACUUUUUUUUAUGGAAGGUUUUGAAGGUGAUCACACUGGGCACUGUAAAGUAAGCCAGGAUCUUUAUUUCGUGUGAUGGGCUGUUGCUAUUUUAAGACCUGUCACCGUGAGGAAGUCCUUAUUCGGGCCCUUACGUGGGCAUGGCUGUGGAUCAGACCGAUGGAUGGACUCAUUUUCCCAGAGUGCCAUUGCCUUCCCCCACAAACGUGUGUGCGUGCACAUGUCGGUGUGCUAAAGAGUUCUCUUUGUGGAGUAAUAUAGUACUAGAUAUUGUAGGUUCUGGUGCAAUAGGAAUGUUUACUGUCUGACUAGGUUUAAGAAUUGGGAAUAAACCAUCUCUCUCUCAUCCCUAUUUAUUAUUUGCUUGUAUUUCUUGGGUGGAGAAGGGUGGGGUACAUCAGUGAUGUUUUACUUGCUGUUGCCUUCAAGGUUUGGCUGAAUGAUAGUUGGAAGGAUGGGAGACGAACGUCAUUCCUUGGUCCAUGCAGUGCCAUUAUUUACCAUGGGAUGGUUAUGCAGUGAAAGAUUCUUAUUGCACAGGCUUUCAGGGAAGUGGAACAAAAUACCCUUUGAGAUUGUGCUAUUUUAAGACACUGGUGGCAUUCAUUUCUUUCCUAUUCCUUUGCUUAGACAACUGUAUGUUGUUUAGUAUAGUUUAACAUUUCUAGAUUGCAAGUAUCGGUCCUCACUGUGUUUAAGGCUCAGGAAACAGGAAUGUCUAGACAUGUCUCGCUUUUGUAUCUUAUGUUCCAGGAUGAAAUCUGUGAAAUUGAAAUUCUAAUGCACAAGAGCUGCCUUAAAUGACUGGUAAUAUGUGGGAUAAAACUGUUUUGGCCUCAUAAAAUAACCUUCUCUCUCAUUCUACUCGCUACUGCCUCCUCAGCUGGACCUUUGGUUCCCUGAGAAGAUCAUUUGAUUCAAGCUAGUCGUGUACGAGCCAACUUAAUUUGCAAGAAAAGUCAGCGGAAAACGUUCUUCAUUUUAGGGGUUCUCUUGUGAUAUUUCUCAAUAUUACAUUUGAGUCAUUUAGCAGACGCUCUUAUCCAGAUAUGUCUAGAUAUUGAAUGGUGUAGGUAGACCUACUAGCUUUUGUGCUCUCUACAACACUAACCGCAGCAUAGGGCUGCCAAUACAAUAGAACACUGCUUGGUCCUGUUUAACUUGCCUUAUUAUUUGUUAGCUAGUACUUCAUGCCUUAGAGUAGUACGUUUGCCUGAAGCAGGUGUUUCUGUGGUGGUCUGUCUGCUUUCCUCUGUGGAUAACUGUUGUGAAUGACUGGUGGCGAUUGGAGAUUUGCUCCUUCUGGGAUUUGUUUAUCUUUCCCUUGACUAACAGACAUGAGGAAAAACAAACUCUGAAACAGUCCAACCAGAUGAGAUUCUGUACAGCGUGCCCUGUCUGAUUAGCUAAUGGUUUUUGUGUGUGUUAGUCCAAACUAAGAUUGUUUAAUUAUGGCAAUCUGAAUUCAAUAAGUGGUUGUUUUUUUUUUUACCGCGUAAGAGCCGCUGGCUUUUUAUUUCCCCCUCCUGUUUUUUAAGGUACGUACCCCCACAGUUCAGCCACAGUGACCCAUAUACUGUAGUACAUUGUGAUGCCUCAUUAGACUUCAGUCAAAGCCAACUCCUUGACCUCUUGUCUAGAAGAUAGGCCUUAACAUUGGAAAAUAAUCACUUUAUUCUGUCGCUAGAAAUGCUUAAUUUCAGACUUUUUGCUGCUAUCAUACAUGUGAGUGGUGUUUCUUAGUAUACGUACAGUACGUGCUCUUGUAUGUGGUUUUCCAGGAGCUGCCCCCUCCAACAAACACUCUUCUGAAUUACCCCCAUCUUGCCUGAACACAAUUAUACCAGUUGGCAUGUAAGAGAUUUUUUUGACCUGCUCCCUCCACCAUGAGGGCCCUGCAGUCAGACAAUACUCCCCAAGAUCAUCUCACCUUUCCUGGGUUGCUACCCUUCAUAUGUUGGACCCAGGGGAUGAAGGGGUCUGUUGAUGAAGACGCUGCACACAGGCUUGACCAUUACCUCUGACAACAGCCACUAUAUCUCUUCUGGCUCUGUCUGGGUGGAACACCUCUACUGUGUUGUGUGGACCACAGAUUAUAUUCUGGAGCUCUGAGGGAUUCAGGGACGGUGUUGAUCUUCUCUGUGUUUUAUUCUCAAUUUAUUGUUGAUGAUUUUGGGGUCUUAACUGUGAUGAAAAAAAACGUGUUUUUAACAAAAUAUUAUUUGUGUUGUAUUAGUAUAGGGCACUCCAUAACCAUAAAGUAAAGAUACUCUGUACCUUGAAAAAUAAAUAGCCAAUCUUAAACAAAUGUAGAUCUUUGUCCCCAUAGUGAUCUACUGUGUAAUGUUAAACAAGUUACAUGGCAGGUCUGAUUUGUUUAUCAAGUGGACCUCUGGUGUUAGAUGUGAACUGUACAGUUGUCUGAACUAUAGUUGGCUGUUAUAUUCUACAUCUCACACAAUGUCCCUUGUCUGUCUAUACUCUGUGCUUUGACUGACUGGCAGUUAUGGGCACACAUCUAAAGGUAAAUGCUUAGAAACUGGACAUCAGUUGUCAUUGCGGAAUACAAGACCAGCAGGCCAUCGGUAAUCAUGUCUGGAGGGGAGACUUUUGGGGACAAAAACAUGGACAUUGGGGGGUUUUGCCCAAGGACUGAAACCAAAAAGGGCUUGCUUCUCCCUUGUAAAACUAUAGUGUGAACAUGUGAGAGAGGAUGUGGGUUUGGAAGUUUGAUUGUGAAAAUAUCAACUGUUUUAACUAUUUAAGAUGUAUUUACUCUUUAACAAAAUGGCAAAUGUGCAGCAGGGCAGGAAUAAAGAUGUCAAGAUGAACUCA